AUGACUGACGGAAAUACAUCUCAAAAAGUGAAAUACUUCGAUUGUUGUCCAAACAUACCGAGGGCUGGGAAACUGAUACCUUUAGGAGACAGCACAAAGACCUGCUUACAAGAAGUGCAAGGUCCCCGCACCCCACCAGUGGUUAGGAAAUUCCGCAACAACGUCCAACCAGAGCCAGGGGCCAUCAGAGUGCACCAAGGGAAGGCAAAUGAUCCAGAUGUUGCUAGCACUGUUGUUCAUGGCGUCAGCACCAGAUCUUCCCUCACUGACAGAGGCUUCCCGAGUGCUCUGCAAAACACUUUGUUCCAGCAGAAGUUGCAGGAGCUCAGUGAAGCAGCGUACGCCUCCAGGCAGAAAGCACCUCUGGGCAGGUCACAUGAUCAGCAGACUGGACUUCCCUCCUGGUAUAAUGACGAAACAACGUUUGGUGUUAAAACAUUAAAAGGUUUGGGUGCACGUGAGAUUGUUAACCCUUCAAAAACAGCAGAGGAGUUGGAGACGGAGGUGCAGGAGGGACACAAGACUUAUGUCCGCAGCCACAAUGCCUAUUUUGUUGGUGAGCAAGUUGACAGGAAGUAUGACUGGAGCCACUACAGUAAAGACAGCAGGUUUGGGGUCCUCACGCCUCAUUUCAACGACGGCCGUAAUCUCGGCAAAACUCUCCGCUGGGUGGGGGAGACACAGAAGUUUUACAAUCCAAACCCGGUCUGGAAGAGAUCUACUGACUUCAGGGAAAAGACGGCACCACAAACUGGCAGACUGAAGUGUGUGUUAGUUUCUGUCACAUCUCUUCUGAAAGGAAACAGCUUGAAAGUUUCACCAGAUCACACCUUUGGGAUUCUCUUACCGCAAGAUGAACUUGGUGUCGGAGGUGUAAUCCACUCCACGGAGCCAGGCUGGUACAUGAGAGGCCAGAACAGGCAGCGCAGCCUGGUCAGCGCAGUGCGACACCACAUCAAGAAGGUCAACUUCCACAACUUCCCCUCCCUGCUGCAGGCGUUCAGGCAUUAUGAUAAGAAAGGCAAAGGAAUGAUUGACAAGGACGACCUGAAGGAGGUGUGCCAUGAGUUUAAGCUGGAUGUGAGCGAGCCAGUCCUGGAUGAUCUGAUAAAUUACUGUGACACAGACAAAGACGGAUUAAUCGACUUCUUGGAGUUUGCAAACUUCCUCAACUGGAAGGGCAAGAUGCCCAUCAACAGAGAAGAGCAAAGCAUCCUCACGAACGAGCACCAGACUGACACGGCACCAGACGACACAGAGACGAAGCCUUCGUCAGAGUCAGAGCAGCCUAUUUCCUCUAAGCCUCUAAUUGAGCCUGAGGACCUGGAGCCUGUGGAGCCAGGCAGCUCACUGAAGACUCUGAGGAUCCUGAGACAACCCAGGCCGGUCCAAGACCACUUUAUCACCUCCUCUUCCCUCAUUGGGGCCGGCAAUAGUGGUCCGUUCCCAUCAAGUAAGUCAGAAGCAGAGAAGCUCCGCGCCUUUGGGAUCCCGUCUGUGCGCUCCGACCUCCCGGCUCCACGCAUCAAGAGAGUCUGUGACACGAACAACUACGGUGAUACAUCCACGGCUGCAGAUCUCCUGCAUCCUUCAGUUCACUCCCUGCAAGGUGUUCAUGAGCAACACUUCUUCUGUCCUCGUACAAAGAAGGAGAUUUCAGAGAUCUUCGGGAAUGUGGGUGUGAAUAUUUCAGAGGAGACGUUUGAGGAAGCCUGGAAGCUGGCGUCCAUGAAGCAUCCUGACGGGGAAGUUUGUGUCGAGGUUUUCCGAAAUGUACUCAAGGAAAUAAAAGCAGUGUAG